UUUCAUGCUUGGAUUUGUAUUUGAAGCAAAAAUUCUUACAGAAACAACAAAUAAUUAAAAGCAACAACAUAGAUGAUGUCAACUCCAUCGUCUUUCUAUUUCUGCAUUGCACUUUUAAUAAUCGCCACGAGAGAGCGUGCGACACUAGGUCUCGAACCUGUGUGAUUGGCGGUGGAUCAAGUUUCACGUGAAGCUGCGCUAAAACCGGAAACAUGAGUCGAGCGCGUGCGUAAAAUAAUAUGUACGACAUCUAAAUUACAUCCUUUAACUUUUAUUUUGAAGAUAAACACCGGAUAAAUUAAUUAUGCGCGUCAUAACUCAUCUAACUUUAACCCCCCCCCAUCCUUCUGUCGACUUCGGUCCCCGAGGUUGCGAUCCUCGGCAGUGUGUAGGCUGGCUCCCCCGCGGCCAGGUCGGCGUUCAGGGACCCCCUCUAGCAUCCCGAAGACCUUGAAGAGCCUGAAGCACGCCAUGUGGCCGCGUGCGUUUGGAGGGUGAAGAGUGAGGGGCUUCAUCACCAGCCCACACAACCCUGCGUCGAACCGGGGGGGGGGGAGGUCUCGCUUUGUGUGAGUUGAGGACAGUCCCAGUGGCAAUGGAGCCUUCGCAAAAUGGGAUUGAAAAUGAGGAGGACUGCCAAGGUGCCGACGAGGAAGAGGAGGUUGACCCAAGAAUCAAGGGAGAGCUGGAGAAGUUAAACCAGUCCACAGAUGACAUCAACCGCUGGGAGAGUGAGCUGGAGGAAUUCCGCCAGCGCUUCCGCGCCGUGCUCGUGGAAGCCACCGUCAAGCUGGACGAGCAGGUGAAAAAGAUUGGACGGGCGGUCGACGACUCAAAACCUUAUUGGGAGGCCCGCAAAGUGGCCAGACAGGCCCAGGUGGAAGCCCAGAAGGCCACCCAGGAGUUCCAGCGGGCGGUGGAGAUCCUUCGGGCCGCCAAGGAGACCAUCGCCCUGGCCGAGGAGCGGCUGCUCGAGGAGGACAGCCGCCAGUUUGACUCGGCCUGGCAGGAAAUGCUCAACCAUGCCACACAGAGGGUCAUGGAGGCCGAGCAGAGCCGAACGCGCAGCGAGGCCGAGCACAAGUCGACCGCGGCCAACUACACGUCCUGCGUCGGCCACAUGAAGCAACUGGAGAAGAAGCUCAAACGCUCCAUCACCAAAUCAAAGCCGUAUUUUGAGCUGAAAGCAAAGUAUUAUCUCCAGCUUGAGCAACUGAAGCGUCAGGUGGACGAGCGGCAGGCCAAGCUGGUGGUGGCGAAAGCCGAGUACCGCGCCGCCCUUCGCAGCCUGGAGAACAUCUCCGAGGAAAUCCACGCCCAGCGCCGCUCCGUCGGAACUCGAGGGCGGGGCGUCGGCGCCGAGCUCGACGGCGAGGGCUUCGCCGUGGAUUUCGACGGCCUGUCAAUGGUGUCGGUGUGCAUCGACGACGACUCGGAGGAAGACGCUCAAUCCGCGCCAUCCAGUCCAUCCGCCUCGGCCACCCUCGACGUGCCCUCACCGCCAUCCCCGACCUCCUUGCUGCACAUCCCCUCUUCCCCCUCCUCCCCGUCCUCGUCUUCCUCCUCCUGCCCCGGUGCCCUGGAGGAGACCGAGCAGAAGGCGCUGAGGCCACUUUGGAAGGCAACGCCAGCAGUCUUAACUUGACCGUUGCGCACACCCAACCGGACACCGACGUGGAUGAUAAAAAA